AUGCAUCACAAUUUGGACGUUUUUAACGAUUUGACCAGAGGCAUUGCCGCCAUCGAGAGUCGAUGGUGCAAAUACAGGGUGGUCACGUACGACGAGGAACAGUCAUCGAACUGCGGCAUAGGAAAGCGACUGGCAAAUUCAUUGGACGGGACAGACGUCGCCGGCAGAACUAACUCAGUUUUCCUCCUACUGUCUUACGAUGCUACCGUCAUCGCUGACUCGGAUCCAACCGCAUCUCGUUGGAAGUACAGUACAAAAGUGCACGCCUUAAAUUUGCAAAAUAUGGUCGGCUGUGCGACUAUGCUCUCAAUGCUCAACUGA